AUGGGGGCGAAUCACUCUUCUGGUGCUGGCCACAAUGGCAACGCCUCGCCCGCUGCUGGUGAGCUGAAAGUCAGCUACUACGAACUGCUGGGCGUAGAGAGAACCGCGAGCGACGAAGAGAUCAAAAAGGCAUACCGCAAGAAGGCCCUCGAACUGCACCCCGACCGCAACUAUGACGACGUGGAACGAACCACGGCACUCUUCGCUGAAGUCCAGGUCGCCUACGAAAUCCUAUCCGACAAGAACGAACGCGCCUGGUAUGACGCCCACGAACGGGACAUCCUGCGAGGAGGAGACGCUGGUGGAGAGGCACACUAUGAACAUGACAUGCGUGUCACAACCUCGGAAGACAUUGCCCGUAUGCUCAGGAAAUUCCAUGGUGGGAUAGACUUCUCCGAUGCACCUUCCGGUUUUUUCGGCUUUCUUCGAGACACAUUUGUCACUUUGGCACGAGAAGAGGAGGCAGCCGCGGACUGGGAAAGUACAGAUGUGCUAGACUAUCCUUCGUUCGGCCAUAAGGACGACUCCUAUGAGGGUGUGGUCCAGCCAUUUUAUGCCACUUGGGCUAGUUUCUCGACUAAAAAAAGUUUUGCCUGGAUGGAUCUCUAUCGCUACUCCGAGGCUCCCGAUCGACGAGUGAGGAGGAUGAUGGAGAAAGAGAACAAAAGGUUGCGGGAUGCCGGAAUACGUGACUUCAACGACGCAGUUAGGACUCUGGUGGCGUUCGUUCGAAAGCGCGACCCAAGAUACACACCCCAUACUCAGACUGUCGAAGAGCGUGAGAAGACUCUCCGUGACGCGGCACGAGCCCAAGCUGCCCGCCAGAAAGCCGCCAAUGCGGCUAAAAUCCAAGGCAAAGUGCCAGAUUGGGCGACUAGCCGCAACGCUGAGGAUGAGGAGGAUGAGGUAGAGGAAGAAAGCGACGAGGAACAGUAUGAGUGUGUGGCCUGCCACAAGACCUUCAAAAGUGAGCGACAGUAUGAUGCCCACGAGAAGAGCAAGAAGCACCAAAAGGCAGUUCAAGCCCUAAAACGGCAAAUGCAGAAAGACAAUCGGCAUCUAAACCUCGACGAUGAUAUAUCCGGUAGUGGGGCGAACACACCAACAUCCAUGGACGGUGCUGAUAAAGUGGUCACUGUUGAGAAAGACGGCGCCGAAGAAGUGACGCAUGAGUUAGGCGAGCUAGAUGUUGACGACGAAGGCUCAGAGGUUACCCAGGACAAUCAGGAAGAAGACCAAAAGUUUGUGAAAAGCUCGACACCACACUCGGAAUCAUCGGAUGACGAAGACGACGAGUACGCUUCUCGAUCUGAGAUUGAGGAUCGCCUUGGAGGCUCAGAAAGCUUAGCGUCUUCAGCGACCUUGAUAGAUCCCCUAGCGACAGACCCUCUCAAGGAAUCUUCACAACCGAAGCUUGGAAAAGCAGCACAAAAACGGGCAAAGAAGGCAGCUCAGCAAGCUGCAAUCGAUCAGUCCGAUCUCCAGUUCAAGUGCGCAGUCUGCAAUGUAGGCUUUUCGUCGAGAACCCGUAUGUUUCAGCAUAUUAAGGAUUUCGGUCACGCUGCUCCCCCGCAGAAGACUGGCAAGGGAGGAAGAAAAAUUUGA